AUGGCCGUUGCGGCUCCAACUUUUGUAGAUGUCCAAUUAUAUUUUUAUAUAGCUAAGCAUGGCAUUAAGGAUGCUUCAUUAAGCACGGUAAAAUAUAUGAUCAACGAAGCAGUCAAUAUGGAUUGCCCGCAAUUGAUUUGCAUUCAGCUGCAUUUGGCUGCUUCGAAUCACGCCGUACUACUCAAAAGAGAUCGGGCUACAAAAGUUGUGACAGGUGAAAUUGCGUAUUUUAAACCAUUAUUGAUGAACGACGUAUGUAAUUUUAAUGGUGGAAAAAGUUUAAAAAAUUCACAUUUAAGUGCCGUCACAUGGGUGCAAGCCUAUGAUAUGGCACAACAUAUGAUUAGAGGUGGAGGCCUAGGUGCCCAUUAUAUUGUAGCAUUAUGUGGAGAUCUGAAAUAUUGUAAAGAUUAUUGUUUAAAUAAUAUGAAAACCGGAUUAGAAAACAGGAUUCAAUCCUACGAGAAAUUCCUAAUGUACAGGCAACAUAAUCCACAAACAUUAAGGAUUGAGGGGGUGUUUAGCUUUCAAUCUAAACGUGAAGUUGAGGAACAUUCGUGGCCUGUAAAUCUAAAUAAAACUCACGUUGUUUUAGUGAACGCGUUUUUGAAAGAAGAUGCCAUUUCGUUAAUGCCCCAAGCAGUGUUCCAAAAAGUGAUUGAUAUUUGUUUGGGAUAUCUAAAGCAAUUGAAAAAUGUCCCAAGCAAUUACCUUCCGUAAAUGACCUAGGUAAAAUAUAC